AUGAACUUAACUACGGAGUGUUCUCUUCACCACAGUAUGGACCUCCUGCUCCAGAAUGUUGAUGCGCGUAAGCACUUUUUGUUAGAGACUAAGCCCGUCCUAAACAUCUUAACUUCCGAGACAACUUCCAAGAACGAUGAUCAGAAGCGUCUGUGUAAUAAGCGACGGUUGUCAGCACACUUAAUCACCGUCCAGCAGGCCGAGAACAUUAGGAUCAAGGAGGAUUAUGCACAACUCUUGAGCAUUACCAGCGCCCAUCAAUCCUGCUUAGAGCGAAUACCUGAUUCAUGUCUUCCACAAUUCAUGUCACUUGUGGACUCUGCGAAAGCGUAUGAAGCUAACCUAUCUUUAUUUGCAGCAGCGGUAGCAUUAUCCACCAAGGCCCAGCAGGAGACGGGCUAUGUAAUCGCCUUGUAUAAUAGCUACGUGGAUACUGCUUCUCUCAAUAUGACAUUCGGUGCUCUGGCAAUGCUUGUAGCCACUGUUCAAGUGGAGGUCCUUCUUACGAUGUUUACGUUAACCAAGUAUGCCAUCAGGACUCCCGCUGCUACGUCUUCUGCAUCCUUUUCUCAAACAGAGUCAUCUUUCUUGCGUUUUGUAGCAGCUGUCCGUUCUUACAUAGGUGCUGAUGAGUCGUACUUCCUUACCAGAAAGCAAAAACGAGCUCUUGCUGCGUGUAGAACCAAGAAUGAAAAUACUGAGGCCUCCAGUUGCUCAUCUAAUGACAUGCUAGGGGCUUUCUUAGGGUUAUUAGAAAGAUAUGGUUCCAUACAUCAGCCUGCCACAGCCAUCACUGGCAUAACAGCAACCGCAAACACACUAGAAGGUGGGCGGGUUACCUCUAAUAUCAGCAUCAAGCAAAGACAGGUAGAAGCUCAGUCUUUACGGCUCUGCCGUACAGGAGAAGCGUCUGCCAAGCAGCCCACUAUUAAGCCAGAAGAGCACAAAACAACUACAUUUCGUCAAAAGCCUAAGACACUUAGAUACCCCAGUCCACCUGUUAUUGAGAGCAGGGUGACACGUACCCAAAUAGACCCUCCUCUCAAGCUAUUGGACAUGGGCGGAAUCUCCAUUUUUCCCUCUGGCUAUGGGCCUAUAGAUUUAUUGUAUAAAGGAUAUAGAGUAGGGAUCCAAGAAAUGUUUGGCCUGACAAAGGCUGCAUUCGGCGCUGCAAUGGCUCGCACCUCCUAUAACAUGUCUGAGAAUGAAGUGGAGUCUUUGGGAUCUGACACUUCUUCCACACCAUUGGUGACCGCAGCCUCUACUAUGGAUGCAACCUCACCGCAUGCAGCGUUUUUAAACAAGCGCCCGUCUCUUGAUGUCUCGCUGUUGGCUAAAGCACAGGUUUCUUGGGUGCAGAAUCGGUGGAUCAAUCUCGCGUCAUGUGAUCCCAGUGACUUACAACUACUUUGUCUCGAGCAAACAAUGGCAUCGACAAUCGAAGACAGUUUGGUAAAUAAGCAGGUAGACACAGAGCAAAUCCGCCAAUCUAUUAGUUCCUGGGGAGAUAAGUGCAUAAAGAUUGCACUUAAGGCACCGCUACCCAAAACGUGGACCCCCAUCCUCACACAGGAUGGUUUAUACGUUCGGUUUCUGGACAACAAGACCGGAAUAAUUUUUAAUAUCAAUCCUGAGGUCAAAGAAAUUCAAAAAAGAAUAGACUAUCAGUACAAAUUAUUAGAGAAGUAUGUUCGGCUACACAAGAAUAGCGAAAUAAUGAAGGAUUAUGAGCUAAUAAAGAGGUUCAUUUCCACGAGGUUUGUCUCCCUGGAUCUCUGCAAGAACACAUCCAGUCUGUUCAAAGAACUUGUGGAAGAAUUCAGUGGUCUCGUCACCCAAAUAGGUAAUGUCAUUACACUAUGGGCUCCUUUGUAUAACACGAGCGAUAUCAACCUUGCAGAAGGUCACAAUUCAGACGAUAAGCAGGACAGCAAUCUCCGCUUUAAUCUGUAG